AGUUGGACGUUUGGCGCGAGAGUGGGCACACGCUCGCUGUAAACAGAUAAAUAAUACCACGCGGUCAAACCCACGUGGCUGGUAAUUGAGACAUGUCGCGUGCGCAUUCAGCCUAAUGAACUAUCGUUAAUUGGCUUAAAAAUUUUAUGGUUUGGAUUACGUGACCGUCAAUGGAUAAAAACUUUUAUAAAAUACGUUUUUUUUUUGUUUUGUUAUUUUUUUUUCGGCAUUUAACGUUAAAGCCAUAUAAUGUAUGUUCUAAAAUCGAAUAACGAUAUAUAAAUUUAAUUACCUGUUUUUAUCGAUCGAUAAAUAGUGUAAAAUUUUUGUUUGUUUUCAAUUAAAGUCAGUGACAGUUGAUUAAAUAUCUAAUGUCUUGUCUCGUAACGGUUAUUUUUUAAACAUGGAUAUAUCUAUAGCUCUGGUUUUCGGCUUUCUAGUGUUACCCGGCCCUUCCUGUACGAACUCCGAUAAUCUAGCAUUAUUGACUGGUACUCUCAAGACGACUCAACGAGCUGCAUGUGACGAUGAAAUGGUAUCACUGUCCUGUCCUCCUGGUACCUCUAUCAAUAUUCAAGUUGCUCAGUACGGUAAAGCGGCGCCUGGAGGGCACGGUUGUGUUGCAAUCAAAUCAAAUGUCGAUUCAAAUGGUUUAGCUGACGAGGAAAAGUGUUUAUGGCCUAAUACUAUGCAGUAUUCACUGCUGCAAACGGUGGUCGAGGCAUGUCAGAAGAAGCCACAGUGUAAGUUCAGCACUAAGUCGAAACCGGAGUUGAUUGACCCCUGUCCGCGUGCAAGGAAGUUUGUGGAAGUUGCAUAUAAGUGCAGACCUUCCGAGUUCCGCAGCCGCACGGGAUGUGAAGAUGAAGUGGUCAAGUUGAGCUGUAACGCGCAUUCCCGAGUUGCGAUAUUCAACGCUGAAUUCGGAAGAGCUCCUUACGAAACGAUGAACUGCCCUCAGUACCAAGACAAUAUUGCUGAGAAAUGCUUCGCUCCGUACGCUUUGAAAACAGUUAUGCAGAUCUGUCACGGUAAACGAUGGUGCCAAAUCGUGGCAAACAACAGAACGUUUGGAUCUCCUUGCAAGCCAAGCCCGAGGAAUUAUCUUAAAGUUGUUUAUGCUUGCGUUCCUCUAGGAGUCCUUAUAGAGAAGUAUGAAAGUCCUAUCGAAGAGGAUGAAGCAGUGAACAAUUACAAUUCAAGUCGAAGUGGUGGACUUUUUGAUGAAUCAGAUAUCGGUGAAAACUGGAGGGAGCCGAAUAUACCAAUUUCUAAUCCAGCCUUGCAAUCACCGAUAGAUGUCGACAAUGUGCCGUCUUCUAGAAACACCGAAGAAACUUCCAUACAUAUAUUAGUAUCAAAUAUGGAUACCGAGAAAGAAUCAUCUUUAGUAAAGGAGUCGUCACACUACUCAUCGAACAUGAAAUUCCUUAUCUACAUAAGUAUUGGGAUUUUAGUAAUCCUUAUUUUGGUUGCAUUGCUGUUCGUUAUUCGUUAUUACAAAAACAGGGAAAGGGAUAGAAAUUCUAAAAACGGUGACAUGUUCACAACCGAAGCACCGAACGUUUUCAAUGACGCAGCAUCGGAUAUAGACGAUGUUGACGUGAGUCACAUUUCUGGAACAUUCUACGAUCCAUUGCAUCCAGAUAUGAUUUUAUAUAGAGAUGGUCAAACGAAAACAGCACUGAGAGCUAUGAAACCUCUCUCCACUAUAUAUCCUUGUGCGGGCGCCAGUAUGUAUGGCAAUGUUGAUUACGCACCGUCACAUUCGCGUGAAACGAGAUUUAUGACGAAAGAAAUAGACCCUGAUAUCAAGUUGAAUCCAAACUUUGGCUGGAUAUACUAGUUCUCGUUUCGAAUGAAAUUUUAUCAAACUUUAAGACACUUCCAGGACAUAAUGACUUUGAUCUUAGUGAUGACGUAAGUGCUUAUAAAGCAAAAUUAUUUAUAUGAAUUAUUUUUAAAUGGAUGGCAAUUCAAGUUGAUUUUAUCGCAUUAUGUAGAAAACAAGUUAAAAGGCAGUGCUAUGAUAAGUACGAAUUAUGAUAAGACUAAGUACCUAUAGUAUAGUAUAUUUGUUGUAAUCACAUCAAUCCACGCUAUAAAUGCAAAUAUUUUGGCCAAAUUUAUAUUAUGUACUUUAUGCAAUAAUUUUUUUUAUUAAACUUGUAUUAAUAGUUUUAAAUUCUGUACAUUUAUUGAAAUAUAAGAGCUAAGAGUUGUUAAUUCAUUUAUCCCCUAAAUAAAGUUGUAAGACAGUAUAUUAUGUAUAAAAUAUUAUUUAAGACAAAAUCAAAAAUAAAACCCAUUAUAUUGUGUAUCUUUAAAAAUUGUUAUAUGUUUCUUUUCCCUCAGAUUUAAGCAAUAUAGCGGCAUAGUUAUGUAAAUAAUGUAAAUAACUCCAAUUUUAUAUAUUUGAAUAAUUUUUUUUUCACGCAUAAAGGUGCAGCCACACUCGCACGCGCACGAAUUCAGCAUACGAAAUCUUUCGUGAAUAUGUUCCUAUACAAAUACAUCUUAUACACCUCCACGUGUGCAUGUGUGAACAGGUCUUAGCGUGGAAAAACGAUUAGUUCAGAGUUUUGGCGCUUAUUAAAUAUUCACUAUAAACAUCUA